CCAUUUCUAAUCAUCAUAAACACCUUUCGUCUCCCUCAGUCUCCCUCACACUUCACACACAGCGACUGAUAUCAUUCAGCCCCCAUUUUCACCAGAAAAAAUGGCGUCCCGCUGUAGCACAGCUGGACUUGGUUACGUGGCUCCGACUGAAGGCAAUGGAAACACCUGCAUUAUCGACAAGGCCGAUACCGGCGCGGUGGAGAGCCACCGUUACUACCUUGCACGGCGAACUGUUUUGGAAAUGUUAAGAGACAGAGGAUGCGUCAUCGCCGACUACGAGCUCACUCGCUCUCUCUCCGAGUUCCGCUUGGUGUUUGGAGACGACCCUGAUCCUGAUCACCUGCGUAUCUGCGUCCCUCUCUCUUCCAAACCUUCCAAAAAGAUUUUGGUUAUUUUCUGUGGUCCUGGGGAUAUAAACAAUGCAACAGCGAAGCACAUGUUGCUUAACAUUACCAACAAGGAUACCUUGCUCCGGAUUAUCUUAGUUUUGCAGGGCAAGAUGAACAUUCAUGCUCGUGCACUGUUCAAUGAAUGCGAAGUCAAAGUGGAACUUUUCCCAAUCACUGAACUGUUUGUGAACAUUACCAAACAUGUUGCUGCACCAAAGCAUGAAAUCUUGACUGCAGAACAGAAGGAGCAGAUGCUUAAGAAGUAUGAACUUGCUGACACUCAGAUUCCAUAUAUGUGGGUGGAUGAUGCUAUUGCAAGGUACUAUGGACUUGAGAAGAAGCAAGUUGUCAAAAUCACUUACAACAGCAACAUAACUGGUUCUUAUGUUACCUAUCGUUGUGUGAUAUGAUCAUAUGAAUAGCUAUUAGAAACAUAUUUACUUAAAUCCAGUUUGCAACCACUGUAAAA